AAUACCACCGUCUGCAGUGAACUUUAUGGUAGUUAGCCAGUUGAAUCUCAAAUCAAUAGCAUCAUGUCGGAAAUUAUUUCGGCACGACUCUCAAUCUUUUUCCUUGUGUUCAUCAUCUGGAAUGGGCGAUUUGUAAAAUCGUUAGAACCGUCCACAGAGCAAUCUAUCGAGCCGGUUGCAAGCAGCAAUUUCGGAUAUGAGGUGCUACUUACGAAAAUGGAUUACCUGGAGUACAAGCUGAUGGAACUCGAGUUCGAAAUCAAAGAGCAAAACGAGCAAACGACUCGUAACCAAGCAAGGCUGGAGAAAACCCACGAAGGCAUGUCCUGGAUGAUGACCAGAAUGGAAGAAGCCAUCAGCCAAAAUUUCACUUCGAUAAUGGGACAAUCCUGGAAAAUUUUACAACGGCAAAUAAGCUGUGCCCACCACGAAAGCUUGCGGAAUGAAAUGUUCAAAAUGAAACCGGUCAAAGGACCUUCAGACAACGUGAGAAUGCUGUUUGAUUUACAACAGUUCAAGGCGCGUGGACCGUUUGAAUCGUGCAAGGCCGAGCCGACCAAAACUUCCGGAAAGUAUAUGUUGCAACCAUUCCCCACUGAAGAUCCAUUUGUUGCAUUCUGUGAGCAAACUAAGUUUGGUGGAGGUUGGCUAGUGAUUCAACAUCGAUAUGACGGAUCGAUGGAGUUCUACCGAAACUGGACAGAGUACAAGAAUGGCUUCGGAGAGGCUGAUAAGGAGUUCUGGAUAGGACUUGAACGCUUGCAUAAGUUGACCGAAACCAAUCAUCAGCUGCUGAUAGAAUUGGAAGAUUUCACUGGAGAUUACAAAUAUGCACGAUAUGCCGGGUUCCAGAUCGGUAAUGAAACGGAGAAAUAUUCCCUUAAAACGCUGGGAGCCUACAGUGGAACUGCAGGGGAUUCAUUGACCUAUCAUAAAGGAAUGAUGUUCACAACUUUGGAUAGUGACAAUGAUAAAAAUGCUGCAAAUUGUGCAGAGACUAGUUCGGGAGCCUGGUGGUACAAUACCUGUCAUCAUAGCAACUUGAACGGGAAAUUCAUGACCGGAAAUGACCAAAGAGCUAUGAGCUGGUACCAUUUCAAAAGUUCACACUACGGGCUCAAGUACACGCGAAUGAUGAUUCGUGAAAUGUAGAAUACUACAAGUGAAUUCGCAUGAACGCAACAGAGAGAUGGAGUUUUUAAUAAUUUUGUAUAUUUUUAAGUUGUUUGAUAACAGAGUUAUCACAUCAUUGUCGAAAUAAAUGGAAAUUAUUUACCUU